AAUAGAUUCUUAUGCUGAGUUGCUGACAUGCUGUAUAUUUAUUACUAUGAUUGUGUAUAUCUUCUAACCCCCUCUGGACGUUUCUCAUUUAUAAAGCUGAGAAUUCAGCCCCUUGGUUUCGUAGUGUUGUUUUGGCAAAGAUGGCAUCAAGUUUUCAAGAAAUUGUUGUCACAAGCUCUCCUGAGGGUCCCCUCAAUGGCUAUAAUUCCAUGUCUGGUGCUAUUUCAUUGAAGUUUGUCGGAAGCCGAUCACCCCGUAACGGUCUUUGCCUUGUUGGGAAAAAACUGAUGGCUGUGUCCCAUGUUUCUGCAGAGACUGGAUUAGGCUCAAUUCAUCUCUAUAACUGGUAUUGUCAGACCCCCUUUAAUACUCUUGCUGUCCCUGAACCUGUGGCGCCCCUAGCGGCAACAGAAGAUGGCUCGUAUCUUUUUGCUGGUGGCCUUUCUGGUCGGAUCCACACUCUCUCACUCCCUUCAGGAGAUCUGAUUCAAUCAUUUCCCGCGCACAGGAGAGUCGUGUCUUGUUUGAAAAUUAAUGACGACGAAUCUCUUAUGUUGUCGGGUAGCGAUGAUGGAACAAUUGCUGUUAUCCCCCUUUACAACCUCGUAUCAUCCUCCAAGGUGAGAAAAAGGGAAAUGUUUUUAUGUCGAUUUGUGGGCCAUCAAGGGUCUAUAACUUCCAUCACUUGCGGCUUUGGAGGGGGCAAUUACUGCACUAUAAUGUCUACCGCUUUGGACUGCACUUGCAAAAUCUGGAGCCUGAUGCACAAGACACCCAUCCGUUCCAUUAAAUAUCCUUGCCCGAUGUUGACUGUGGUGAUGGACUCCAAUGAGUCAGAAUUCUAUGCUGCAGGUUUAGAUGGAGUGAUUUACAAAGGAGCACUGAAGGCCUCAUCUCGACAGGCUGCUCAAGAAGCACGUAAAAUCAUGCCUCUGAAGCAAAAGCAUUAUGGUCCCAUUGUAUCCAUCCGAAUACUAAGCAAUGGACAGAACCUGGUAACUGCCUCAGAAGAUGGUAAUGUCUGGGUCUGGGACAUCCAAAGUGAACAAGUUGUCAGAAUCCUCGGGCACGAAAUGAAAGACAUCAGUUCCAUGGUGGUGGCCAAACUGUUUAAUGAUGCUGAGAGCCGUGUCAGGGCCCCGAAAUUCACCGGAGGAGGAGGUGGUUUCUCUACUAAAGAGCUGCAAAGGCCUGUAGAAGUCUUGGAAUUAAAGGAAAGGGUAAAUGUUGUUGUGAAUGACAGACGCAGAGCUGUUCGUAACCUGGAAUCUGCAUUGGGGAUUUACGAAACUCUGUUGAAGGAGAUUGUAAAGCAAGCUAGGGGCGAUAAAAGGAGUGAUAGUUCAAGUGAUGAAACUGAAGAUGAAGAUGAAGAUGAAGAUGGAACUGAAGAUGUUUGAGCAGCUUCUCAACUAUGUUAAGAUGCAAAGAUGUUAUCUACCAUAACGGUGUCGAAGCCAGAAAAUUUCGUCAGCUAGUCAAAAUUUGUCGGACUAAUAAAUUAAAUUACAUUGUUACAUCAAAAAUCGUAAUUCAAUUUAUUUAAUAUAAUGCAUAUUUAUAUGUGAA